AUGUCUGAAUUCCAAGAAAAUUUAACAAAAAAAUUUAUUAACAAAUUAACUGAUUGUUUAAAAGAAAACAAGUUUGAAGAAGCUUUAAAUUUGUUUGAAGGUAGUAAUUAUGAUAAUAUCAUUAAAGAGUCUUCAUGGGACAUUGUACCAAUUGUAUCAUCCCAUCUUACUACAGAAAAUGUAAAAUGUAAUGAAGAUUUAAUUGUAUGUUGUACAACAAUAUUAAAUGCUAUAAUAGAAAAAUGUAGCCCUUCUGAAACAGUAUUGGAGCUUUUAGAACAAGUGGAAGGUCCAGAGGAUGACAUAAAGUUUUGUGUAAUAUUAAGUGUACUUAGUAAAUGUCUUUCUAAACUGAAUGAUAAAGUAAAAGCCAUAGAAUGGUGUAUUAGUACAAUAAGGUCUUACAUUGAUAGUCUACCAGUACCAGUAAACGAGUCUGAAAGCAAUACUGAUACUAUAAAUAAAAUAAAAAAUGUUUAUAAUGCAGUUAUGUUAUUUUUGGAUCCAUUAGUAGAUGAAGCAUCAUUAAAAAAAUCACAAAAUUGUGUCACAUUAAGAGAUUAUCUUGCCAGCAUUUUAAUUUUUCUAAUGGGAAGACCAUUAUGUUAUCUUCAAGAAAAACAAUUACAAUCACAUUUAGAAGAACCUUUACCUGCGAAAAUUGUAACACUUGAGAGUCAAGUAACUGCAGACAUGCUUUGGCCUCUAAAUAUUGCAAGAAUAAGAAAUAAAAAAACCAAGUUCAAGAAAAGAAAUGUGGAGGAGAAAUGUUCUAAUCUUAAAGUGAUACUUUUUGAAUUAAAUGAGAAUAUACCAGAUUUGGCAUAUGCUAACUUCUACUUUUAUGUUAUCACAAAACCACAUUUGUGGGAAAAAGUACCACAAGUAUAUGAUUCACAAUACAUCUUCCAAGAAUGUAUAUAUCUUGUCAUUAAAUUACUUCAAGAACAAAAAUGUGUUAUAAAAGGUAUAAAUUUUAUGGAUCAUCUUUUAAAAAAAGUAACAAGACGUACUUUAACAUCACAAUUUUUGGAAUUGGAUAUUUAUUUAGAGUUGUUUGAUGCACUUGUUAAAGUAAUGGUCUAUUGUGAUAGUGAUAAAGAGAGAAAAAAAGCUUUAAAUGUGUUUCAAGAAUACAUUGAAAUGUUUAACAUGCAAGCCAGAUAUUUCAUUAUUUUACAUUUAUAUCAAACUAGUGAACACUCAGGUUUGCUUAGUUUAACUACAGGAAUAUUCAAAGCUUCUAUCAUUGAAUGCCUUGAAGCAACACCUCCCAUUCCUUAUUUUUUGGGAAAUAAUCUAGAAUCAUUGAUCAAAUUGGCAUGUAAAUUACCACAUGGUAGUGCAUCAGAUUUGGUAGAAUUAUCUGAUGAAGUAAUUACAAGCUUAAAUCUUUUAAGAUUUCUACUUAUCAGAGAUAAACACAACCAAACUGGAAUUUGGAAUCUAAUGGAUAAACUCCAAAAUGAUUUCUUAAAACCAUUGAGAGAAGGAAUAGAUAUAUGCAGAGUACAUUGGAGGGUGAAAAUAAAGGAUUUAGAAGAGCAAAAGAAAAUGCACAAAAUAAGUGAAGAUAUAGAAUUAGAAAAGAGUGAUGCUGAAGUGACAUUAACUGUAGGGGGUGAAAAAUUACCAGCAAUGCCAGUUCCAGAAAAAAUUUCAUUUUGUUAUCAAGCAGUAAAUGGUCUUGAUCUAAUGGAAAGCAUUUUGAUUAGAGUCAAUGAAUGUAUUGCUAAUAAUCCUCUUGAACAAUAA